GCGCCGGGGAAGGCUAGGGCUGAGGGGGCCAGGCCGCAGCUUCGAGGCCCGGCACUACCGCGGUCUCGGGUCUGGAGUGGGAGUCGCAGGUGCAGGAGAGGGAGGGGCAAGGGGCGCCUUUCUACUGCACUUUUUUUUGCAUUCAGGAGAUUGCCUAGCUGCAAUCUAGAGAGGUUUGCAUGAGCUUCGAGUCUGCCUGACAAGUGAGGAAAUGAGGCCAAGAAGCGGGAAGGGUUGCCAUCUGCUGGGCCACGCCACCUGCUAAGGGAAGGCCGGGAACCAAGGCCUCGGGGUCUGCGUUCCCAGGCCCGCUCGGUGGGCGUGGGGAGCAAGGGCCCUGCUCAGUUCCCUCGAGACUGCAGAAGGCUUUCUGAGGGGAGGAGCUCAGGACGCAGAGGAGGAGCUAAGUCCGCCCCAGGAGCGGGGACCCGAUCCUCGGGGAUAAAACGCAGAGCCCGGAGGAACCCCGUCAGCCAGGCGGACAGAAAGCUCCGGGAGCGGCCUCAUGGAAGACAAGCAGAUCCUGUGCGUGGGGCUAGUGGUGCUGGACAUCAUCAAUGUAGUGGACAAGUACCCGGAGGAGGACACGGACAGCAGGUGCUUGUCCCAGAGAUGGCAGCGUGGAGGCAACGCAUCUAAUUCCUGCACCGUCCUCUCCCUGCUUGGAGCCCCCUGUGCCUUCAUGGGCUCGCUGGCCCCGGGCCAUGUUGCCGAUUUUGUCCUGGAUGACCUCCGCCGCUAUUCUGUGGACCUACGCUACACAGUCUUUCAGACCACGGGCUCUGUCCCCAUCUCCACAGUCAUCAUCAACGAGGCCAGUGGUAGCCGCACCAUCCUCCAUGCCUACAGGAACCUGCCAGAUGUGUCUGCUGCGGACUUUGACAAGGUUGAUCUGACCCGGUUCAAGUGGAUACACAUCGAGGGCCGGAAUGCAUCAGAACAAGUGCAGAUGCUGCAGCGGAUAGAACAGCACAAUGCCAGGCAGCCUCCUGGUCAAAAGAUCCAAGUGUCCGUGGAAGUGGAGAAGCCCCGAGAAGAGCUGUUCCAGCUGUUUGGCUAUGGAGAUGUGGUGUUUGUCAGCAAAGAUGUGGCCAGGCACUUGGGGUUCCGGUCAGCAGUGGAGGCCCUGAGGGGCUUGUAUGGUCGUGUGAGGAAAGGGGCUAUGCUAGUCUGCGCCUGGGCUGAGGAGGGCGCUGAUGCCCUGGGCCCUGACGGACAGCUGCUUCACUCGGAUGCUUUCCCUCCACCCCGGGUAGUGGAUACUCUGGGGGCCGGAGACACCUUCAACGCCUCAGUCAUAUUCAGCCUGUCCCAGGGGAAGAGUAUGCAGGAGGCUUUGAGAUUUGGCUGCCAGGUGGCCGGCAAGAAGUGUGGCCUGCAGGGCUUUGAUGGCAUUGUGUGAAUGCCCGAUGGUGGCGGUUGCUGGCUUACACUACCCCCCUCCUUGGAGGCUGGCAUCACCGGCCGCCGUUGCCUUCUCCCCUCCAUCCAGCCUGGCACAUGGGCUGCCCUGCUCCCUGGGCGGAUGCAGACCGUGGGAGGGUUCCGCCUGUGUCCUGUGUCUCUCUCACACUGCUGAGCCACACAGGAAAUAAAUCUGCCCCAAAGCCA